AUGGGGUCUCAUGGGGUCCUUAUGGGAUCUUAUGGGGUCCUUAUGGGGUCCUAUGGUUUUUUAGGGUCCCUAUGGGGUCCCUAUGGGGUCUUAUGGGGUUUUAUAGGGUCCUUAUGGGGUCCUAUGGGGUCUUAUGGGGGUCUUAUGGGAUCUUAUGGGGUCCUAUGGGGUCCUAUGGGGUCUUAUGGGGUCUUAUGGGGCCUUAUGGGGUCCUUAUGGGGUCCUAUGGGGUCUUAUGGGGUUCUAUGGGGUCCUAUGGGGUCUUAUGGGGUCUUAAGGGAUCCUUAUGGGACCCUAUGGGGGUCUAAAGGGCGUAUAGGGUACUUAUGGGGUCCUAUGGGGUUUAUAGGGUCCUUAUAAGGUCUUAUGGGAUCCUAUGGGGUCUUAUGGGGUCCCUAUGGCUUUCUAUGGGGUUCUAUAGGGUCCUAUGGGGUCUUAUGGGCUCCUUAUGGGGUCCUAUGGAGUCUUAGGGGGUCUUAUGGGGUCUUAUGGGGUCCUAUGGGGGUUUAUAGGGUCUUAUGGGGUCCUAUGGGGCCCUAUGGGGUUUUAUAAAGUCCUAUGGGGUCCUACAGGGUCUUAUGGGGUCCUAUAAGUUCCUAUGGGGUCUUUAUGGGAUCUUAUGGGGUCUUGUGGGGUGCUAUGGGGUUUAUAGGGUCCUUAUGGGGUCCUAUGGGGUCUUAUGGGGUUCUAUGGUGUCCUAUGGGUUCCUUAUAUGGUCAGGAGGUUCUUAUGGGGUCCUAUGGGGUCCUUAUGGGGUCAGGAGGUUCUUAUGGGGUCCUAUGGGGCUCUUAUGGGGUCAGGAGGUUCUUAUGGGGUCCUAUGGGCUUCUUAUGGGGUCAGCAGCUUCUUAUGGGGUCCUGUGGGGUUCUUAUGGGGUCCUAUGGGGUUCUUAUGGGAUCAGGAGGUUCUUAUGGGAUCCUAUGGGGUCCUUAUGGGGUCAGGAGGUUCUUAUGGGGUCCUAUGUGGUUCUUAUGGGGUCCUAUGGGGUCCUUAUGGGGUUAGGAGGUUCUUAUGGGGUCAGGAGGUUCUUACGGGGGUCCUAUGGGGAUCAGUCCUCCAACACCAUAGAGUUGGCGCACGGUGGGCUAGGAAGGGGUCCUUCAUGACCAUGGAGAUGUGAUAAGGGGGAGGGGGUGCGCUAGCAAUGGUCCUCCAAGACCAUAGAGAUGAGGGGAGAAUAUGAAUCAUCUUCCAGGUCCUCCAAGACCAUA